AUGGGGAAGCUUCAUAUGGCCAAUGAAUAUAGCAAUGACACCACAUUGAUUCUGGUACAACGUCUUCCACACUGCACACCAAUGCCAGUCCAACACAAGGUAAGAGCUAAAGUGGGGCCAGCCAGGUCAUUAGGUAGUAAGAAGUGGGUGGUUCUGACACCAAAUAAUUGCAUUCGUGACUGCACCGACACCACAAACAAAUACCCUUCAAUUCCCACAACACUAGCACUCCUCUAG